GACAGAAUCCAUUACCUCAAUUCCCAUCAACGUCAACUAUCAACCCUUGCGUCGCAAGAUUCCCAUACUCAUACGAGGCUUCAUUUCAAGAAAUUGUAACCUUCACAAAACUUCAAAAUGGAAGGGUAUGGUUCACUAAAGCUUCUCAGAAGCUCUUCGAACUAACAGUUUAUCAGACUCACAGCCUCAGAGCAAAGAGAAUUCCAAGCUCGUAUGGAGCGCAAGCAAAUGAAGGAGUUUAUGGGCGUAAGUCAAUUUUCAUAUGCAGCAUCACAAUGUUUGUCACUAGUUUAUGCCCAUGGGGGCAAGCGCAGAAGGGCAUCAAGUAAUGCAUCUGGAGGACUUAUCGAAUGCGACGACAUAAUCUCCAAGAUUGCAAUUGGUGUCAAUCCCAUGACUUUGAUUCCAAGCACUGCAUACAAGUACAACAUACAAAGAAGACGCAAUCGCUAAAUUCUGCUGCAGAUGUUCUCCGGGCUGGUCAACCACUGCUUCGAUUCCUGCGUCGAUGACUUCACCACCAAAUCCCUCGUCCAACGCGAAACCGGUUGCGUAACCCGCUGCGUCAAGAAAUUCAUGGCAGGUAGCGAGAGAAUUGGCCAACGAUUCCAGGAACAACAAGCACAGAUGAUGAACCAACCACCUCCAGGGCGAUAAAUUUGGGAUAUUUCAAAAAGUCGAAAUAGCAAAACACGAAGAAAAAAAACGUACUGGAUGAUGCGCCAGGAAGAGGCGCUGUACGAUACGAAAUGAGACGAUUAGAGGAUGGUUGUACGGUAUCCCGAUUCCAAAGCGGAUAAUAUGUUAAAGUUGGGGGUUGGGAUGCUAUUCAUGGCUUGUAUAUCGGUACUUGGGAUACACCGAUGAGGACAGACCGGAAAUUCUACUCCCCAAAAACUAAAAGAUAAUGUCGCAUUACUGGAACAUCUUCCAUCCAAACCUACAUUCUCCCCACCGCUGCCUGAUAGUGAUAUGAUUCAACUAUCUGAGUUCAUACUAAAAAAAA